AUGAGCGCAGUAAUGGAACGUUUAACAUUGGAAAAGGCCAUACAGGUAAAAUAAGCAGCAGUGUACCAUCAUUUAACUGUAAAUUGCAGUAACAGAAAAAUUGCCUCAUUCUCUGCUUAGGCAGGUUCACAUGAGCAACACAAAAGCAAGCACAAGUACUUGUGUGCAACAGAUUUUCACACUUCCAACACAGCACACUGCAUUUAAGUAUCCUCCAUCCCAUUAUGGUGGCCUUGCAUCUGACCCCAGGGGAUGAAUGCCAGGGAAACUUGGGUACAGGCCUGCCACCCAGGCCUUCAAGCCCUGACUUCGUUUAAGACUACCCUGUCUAAGACAAGAGACCUAGUCCCUGACCCUUGACCCUGAUUCAUUUCCUUUUGGAUACAAAAUAGAUUUAUUUUUUAAAGGAAAAUCUUAGAAUUACGCUUUAAAAAUAUGUUGGUACCACAUAUGUAGAUUGCUUAUUGCCAACUUUCACACACUUUGAAAGGGUUCCAUUCCCAAAAGACACCCUGUUCAAGACACUAAAUAUUGAAAUUCAGUAUACCCUGUUAAGACUGGAGACCCUAAAAACCAUACCCUGUUCAGCUGCACAUACCUGUUUAGUCCAAAUAAGGGAGUGCCCCCCUCCCCCGGCAUUUUACUGGCUUGUUUCAUACAUGGUUAAUAUGUUAAUGCGAGCAAAACCACAAGCAUUAGCACUUGCACUAGCAUUGCAUUAAGGUAUUGAUAUCACGCUCAUGUUUUCUUCUGUGUCCAUUAGUAUUUACACCCGCAUUUUGAUCUGUAUCUCUUGUAUGAACUGAGCUGUAAAUCCAUUUUAGUCAAGUCCAGCUUCUAUAGCACUCUAAUUCCUUCUAGUACUAUUUACCAGCUGGUAAAACAUAGACCCCAAAAAAGUUACUCUAGGAACGUUUGGGAAGAACAUUUUUCUGGAAAAUGAUACAAAUGCAUAUGUACCCUAUUCUAGACUCAAACUCUCUGAUUUCUAUUCUCUAUCCCAGACUAAACUGCUUGAAACCUAUACCCUUUACAGUGGCACAUGCCAAUAAUGAAUAUUGUACCCAUACAUGGCAGAACUCCCCCAGGCUUUUUUUGCUACCUUUAAAAAAGACCUUCAGGUGCUGAUAUUCAAAAUGGAGCUCUACUGGCACUCCCCUGUUGUUGAAGAGAAAUCAACAGGAUGAUUACAUGUAGAUAUAGAUAUUUUGUUGCAACUUACAGAAAUAACUAAGUUCUACUUCAAAGAAAAGCUCAGAAAUUUGAGGCCUACCGGCACCAAAGAAAAUAACUAUUCACUUUAUUAACUGAAUAACUACAUGUAUAUUACAUUUAACUUGAAAGGGUGCCCCUUCCAGAAAAGCACCAUGCCCUGGGGGGAGUCCCAUAUAAAAGUGACAGGGAUGCUCGUCGUCUCCCUUUGGGGUAAUAAAAAUUGCAGAUUUUAUUCUCACCAAGGGUGUUUGGGACAGAAAGUCACUAUAUUUGCCCAUUCAGGUAUCGCUUAGGGCUAUGCAUGAAGAGAUUUACAUAAAUGCCACGAUCUCUGUUCUAGUAGUUUCCUUUAGAGGCCAGUUUAAGCUUGAGCCACUCCCACAUUGGUCUCCCUUAGGAGUUUAAUUUUAACUUUCUAACAAGCAUCCCCUAGGCGCCACACCCCUCGCAAGGCCGCAGCUAAACUGACGUUUCCUUUCGUCAGCGCGUAGGCUACACACUGACAAGUCGAAAUUUUCGUGGUAGAAACUACUUUAUUUAUAAUAGACUUUAUUUAUUCCAUAGAAAAGAAACAGAGAUUUGUUAUCACCAACAAUGUAACUAGUUUACUGAUAGCCUGUUAGUAGAGCGCGGUGUUCAGGUGAUGGGGAACGCGUCAAAUCGUACGCGGGGAAAACGGGGAGAAAAAAUGAGGGGAGACUGGGGCGAGGGCUCCCUCUUUUAUUUCCCCUCGUCAAUUUUCUGCCCGCGCUCUUCUACCUGGACGCCUGGAAUAGGCUAGUUUACUGACUGAUCUUUACAUUUUGUUGGCUUGUAAGGCCUUAGAAGGAGUGAAGGAUGAAUAUGAGAUGGACAAUGGAACACUUGCUAUCAUCACUCCGGAUCAGUACGAUGAGGCUUGCAAUAUCAUGGCUAACUACUUUUUCCCAGACAACCCUCUUUUUAAAUCAUUUGGAGUUACUUGGAAUGAGCUUCUCAAUGAAGUAACACUCGCAAUCCUCAAGAUGAAUCUUUCCGUCUGUAUGAUGACAAGAGAUACUAAAGAAAUUAUGGGUGUACGAAUCACUGGUGUGAAGACAAAGUCGGACCCACCGGAAAAUUUUUGCCCAGAAGAAGAACCACUAAAGGCUCUAUUGACAUUAACAACUCUACAAGAGAAGGAAGUGAACGUUUUCGAGCGAUACGAAGUUGAUGAAGUGGUAGAUUUUUUGGCAUUAGCAGUUAAGGAAAAAUACCGGCGUAUGGGUGUGGCUGGUCGUCUUUUUGCAGCCAGUGUUUCGAUGUGUCGGGAACUCGGGUUCAAGGCGAUCAAAGGUAGAGGGACAUCAAGUUAUUCACACAAAUUGUAUGAUAAGCAGGGGUUUGAACCUCUAUCGACACUCGCGUUAGACACUUAUUAUCACAACGGACAACGAGUCAGUGAGGGCACAGGUGGGCAUACCACGAGAAAGCUUUUCGGCCUAAAAAUUUGAUAUCGGGUUCAAUUUAUAACGGUAAUUGAAAUUAACUUAGUGGAGUACAAUUUGGCCUAAAGUCAUACGCAUGAUUGAAAUCACAAGUAUGAUUUCAGACAAAAAGUGCACGACACGAGGUGAUUACCAAUUUAUUACAGCGAUUUUGAAAUCGCAAAAUUAAGUCAGCAUAGCCUGUGUACAGUCGUC